AUGGUAAGAUACCGAUUUUAUUCCUUUUAACAUGUUGAUAUUCACUGCCAAAUAAUGUCAUUUUUAGAUAUCAAAAGUACUAUUCAUUUUAAUUAGAAAAAACUAAAACAAACGAAACAUACGAUUUUUUUUCAAACUACGGCACAACGAUUUUGUUAUUUAAAAUUUGUACGGCUUUUUUUCUACUAUAUAUAUUACUCCAGUAUAUAAAUGACACAGUGCCUUUUUUUGUUAAAUUUUAGAUGUAGUGUAUGAUUAAGAAAGUCGUUUUUUGAUUUUCUCUGUAUUUUCAUUAAUAAUAAGGAUUUUAAUUUUUACAGAACACAUAUAUUUGCUUUUAGAUCCAUACUAGGUAUUAGAGUCGUAUGAGAGUCAUACCUAAUAGUAAAAAAAAAUUUAAUGCAAUGUAGUAUAUUUUUUUUUAAAGAGCUUUAAAAACAAAAAUAUUAAAGUUUUACAUAAUACGUAUAUAAAAGCAAUUCACUCCAAAUCGUUUUUCGUUAGAAAUGGUUUAUCUUUGGUUUCUGGUACGUAUUAAAUAAUUUUAUUUAUCUCAACAUUUCAACUACUCACCUGCAACAGUGGCUACAUCUGUCCCUAGUAUCAGAUCUUUUUUUUCUUCUUCCUCUUUGUUGUUUCGUUUUUUAUUUUAUUUUUGUAUAUGCAAUAGACUCUUCUACCAGAAAUCCCGCUCCAAUAAAAAAACUUUAUAGGAACUUUUUUGUACCUUUUUGAUAUUAUUGGUGAAUUAGGAAAGUUAUUUUUUGAUUUUUCUUGUAAUUUUCUUAAUAAUAGGAUAAACUGGCUAUUUUUUUAUAUAUAUAAUUUGUGUUGAUUUGGCAACAAUGGGGUUAUUACGACUAAUAAUAUUCUGCUCAGAAUCCUUUUUCAUAAGUGGUUUAUUGUCAAUUGUAGUAGUAAAUUAAAUUACACUAUAUAUCUUCACUACCCUCCUCAAACAGAUUUGUUAUAAAUAAACGAACACGAAAAACUAUUACUAACCCCGUCUGCGGGAUAUCUUAGGCGGUUGUAUUAUUUGGUGACCGAUUUAGUGACGUGUGAUGCGAUUAGGUUAGAUCAGAAUAAUAAAUGAGCGUGCAGUAUACAGUUACUCGAGUGAUGAAAGCUUAGGGUUGGCGCCAAUACAAUGACUUCAUUUGAAUAUUCCUACAUGUGACAGUCGCGCGUUGCUGCUAUAACAAUUUCGAUGAUCGUUUUUUUAGAACCAUAUAAUAAAUUAUUUUCUUUUCUUCCUCUUCUUUCACUUUAAUCCCAACUAUUUGAGAUAGGUCAGUCUCGUUUUAAACUUCCACUUGACCCUAUCUUUCACCUCGAAAAUACCGGCUGUUCUCGUAUCCAACUACCUCUUUUCAGGCUUCCUCUUCACAUCUUUACUUCUAUAUUACUUUCAUUACAAAUUCUUACUGUAUCUUUUAUGUAAUUUUGUAUUUUUUUUUUUUUUAUUUUAUGUGUGUGUAAAUAACUGUUUCAAAAUUUUACUUCAAGGUAUAGAAAAGGGUACAGCGAAAGGAAUUUUAGCGAGAGGUAUUUCUGAAAGGAAAUUUUAUCUAGUUUGUGCAUUAGAAAAGUCAUUUGAUUUUUCAAAUAUUUUUCAUAAUAAUUGGGCGUAAAUAUUACGCUCUUUCAAAUCAUAUAUAACCGAACUUCUCUCAGAAUCGUUUUUCAUUAGCAAUGGUUUAUCGUUGCUUAAAAAUAUAAAUUAAAUAACUCUUUGUAUGAUAGGAUACACACAUGCCCAAUUUUCCACCCACAAAAGUGGUACACCCAUCCCCAGUAUCAGUAUACAUUUUUUUUAAUAUCUUAACCACAACUAUAUUAGUACCUAAAAUUCAAUAGAUGUGUAAUUUUUUUUCUUUUCUAUACCCACGAAUUUUAUAUAAAAUAUAAUUUAUAAGACUUUUAAGGCUUAAUAUAUAAGUACUUACCUACUUAGAAGACAAAAAAGUAUUUCAUUAAUUUAUGAACCUUUUGGUGAUAAAAAAAAUACACCUCUUGUUUGAAUACAUUAUAAUUAUUAUAUUAUAUAUACCUAUAUAAAAUGCACUAAAUAAUAGUACCCGUGUGAAUACGUGAAUUAAUAUUUAAGUAUGCAAAAUAUUUUCAUUUUUUUUUUUUUUUUUUUUUUUAGGAAUCUCGAGGAAAGAGACCAUUCAAAAUAUGGGAUGGUUUUAGAAACAUAAGAAAAAGCUUAGUCGUAUCCAGCUUAAAAGACCUAGAAAUACGCGGUAAGUUCUUAUUGUUGUUAAUUAAUUAAUUUACAUCAAAUAUAAUAAUAUAAUAUUACAUGUUAUUUGAAGUCAGUAUCUGCUAAGAGAGUCUAUUUAAAAAAUUUAACAAUUCCGUAAUUUAUUAAUUACAACCUACUAUAUUCAGAGGCCGUCGAAGCGCCAUUUGUGCCUCUGUCUUUAUAACGGAUGAUAUAGCAAAAAUGCGUUGGCGUACAACAAACAAAAAGACCUUUGAUAUCGGUUUUGAACUUAAUACUUAAUAAUAUCUGUAGUCGACAACAAAAAAUAUUGAAGAAAACCUUGCUGGUCUUUUACAAUAAAUUAUCUAAAUUAUCAAAGGUAUUUAUACAACAAUUAUAACAAAUCGUAUUUGUAAUUUGUUUAUAUUCUGAGCAAAGCGAGGAAUGUAGGUAUUGGUUUUACAUUUUUGUUGCAUUUUGGACAUUGUUGGUGCAUUGAAGAGGUCAUGAUUUCAAGUGAUUUCAGUAAUUAUAAUUAAUUCCUAAUAAUUAACGGAUAAAUAUUUACGGUUUUAAAACUUUAUUAUUUUAAAUUAUUAAGACCUUUAUUCUUUUCUACCAAAAAUCUUGCUUCGAUUUUAUGUUUUUUGUUUUAAUUCGGUUAAAAAUAAUCACUGACACCUGAAAUUUUCACACGGUACUUAUAUUAGUCUUUUAUAGAAGUGGUAAAAAACAUUCUGUCGAUUUUUCAACUAUUUAGAGGCAUUCGAUGUUUUAUAUUUUUUCUAGUUUUUAUUUAGUUUAAUUUGGAUAAAAUUGUAUGGCCAAACAUAAAUACUUGAAAAUUUAAUACAAAAUAUAUUAUAAAUUUAAAUUAAUAGCCAAAAGAAAAUACUUAAACGUAAUGUAGUUAUUUUUUUUUUCUUUAUCAUUUUUAGAUCAAAUUUUAAAUCUUGUCAAUUACGGCAUUUUAAAACAUUUAAAAACGAAUUUCGCUCAGAAUAGUUUUUCGUUAUCAGUAGUAAACCGUUGUGUAUAAAUAUAAAUUUAAUUACUUUAUUAUAUACCCUACCUUCUCAAAUUUGUUUAAACUUAUUAUGAAGUAUAAUAUUAUUAGAAAACGAUGAUGGGCUAUCUUAAAAAUAUUAUCAUCAAUAUUAUUUUGUCUAUAAUAAGUGUUUUAUCUCUGAAAUGGAUUUCAAAGACUUUUUUGUUUAUUAUGCGUGAACACAUUUUUUUUUGCUAUCUUUUGCCUUUUAUAAAGACAGAACUGGAAAAUGCCGCUGUAACAGCAAUUUAAAAUUGUACGUUUGUGCGUUGAAUAGUAUAUGAUAUACAUUUUAUAUAUUUACCUAAGUAGCGACUGUUAUAGUAUGUCUUACCAAAUCACAAAUGUCAGAUAAUGAACAAUUUAAAUUAAAUGAAUAACCGAAUUCGACUAUUUUUUAAAUUUUAGAAUUUUUUUUGAUAGUUUAUAUUUUUCUAAACAAACAAUAUUAUGCAUUUUGAUAACGAUAAUUGAUCGUAAAUUCCACGGAAAUGAGAGGAAUAUUUUCUUAAACUGCUUUUCGGUUGGCCAAUAAAAAGUGUAUAUAGGUAGCAUCCAUUAGUGAAAACGUUUAUCACAGUAUAGAUUAAAGAUAAUAUUACAGAAUUUGAUAUAAUGUUACACAACUUUAAACAAUUUUUAGUGUUCGAUUUUUACGUAUUUACGUAUGUUUUCAGUUUAGAAAUUGCCUAUAAAUUUAUAGUAAAAUUGAGUUUUUUUUUUUUUUUGAAUGCUGAUAUAACAUUCAAGUAUAUUUAAGUUAUAUUUUAUAGUUUUAUACUGAAAGUUAGGUUAGCAGUUGGAUUUCAAGGUCAGAACAAGACGAUUUGGUGGGGCGUGAACUUCAGUCGGACACGGUUGUUGGAUUGAAAACAAAUUUGAUAUGUAAUUAUUAUUACCAGAAUUAGAUGAUCGAAGAUAUAAUUUAAUGUAUCGAAUAUCUAUUAUGGUUUAAUCUAACAAUUAUUUAUAUAAUAUAAUAUAAUGUAAAUAACUAUAAUAUAUACUCGAGUUAAGAAAUAUAUUUAUAAUUCAAAUAGCGGACGUUACGAUACUAUAUUUUAUAUCAUUAAAAUCGGCGUCUAUCACUCAUGUAGUUAAAUUUACAUAAUUUCAUUUACUCGGGUGUUACAGCAGAGGCAAACCGACAUCAAACCCACGUGAAAUUAAAUACCGAAACUCUAUAAAUAUAUUAACGGUAAAAAUAAUAUUAACGAUAUAUCCACUCUGUACGAUACACGUAAUUAUACUCAUCAGUGGCUCAAUUCAUUGAGUGGGACGCGUCAUUCACGCGGUGUAUAAAAUAUAAAAUAUGUGAAUAUAAGUUUACAACGAUUGGAUUACGGUUCACGCCAAAGGUAUUCCCGGCCUAGUUUUUAUUUGUAACGUUGCCACGGACAACACCCGAGCAUCAGAAAGAGCAUCGCUGAUCCUUAUUAUCCAUGAGAUAUUUGCAGUGAAACUUUUCAAAUAAAUUAUAUUGAACAAUAAUUAUUAGGUAAUUAUGGGAGCUAAAAUGUAUAUUAUUGUUCGACAAUAUUGUAUAAUUUCAUCUCGGAUACGCAGUGAUUGCAACAAAUGAAUAUAAUAAAAAAAUUGACACGUUAUGCAUUUGGAAAUGUUUGGAAUUAAAUAAAACAAAAUAAAAUAAAUAUGUUAAUAGGAAAAUAGGAACGGGUGCCGCCACUGUUAUGGUAAUUUAAUUAUUUACCUGUAAGCAACUAUAAACAAUUGCUUACGAAAAAACAAUUCUAACCGAAGUUCAAUUGAUGGUGAUGCUUUGUCAACAAUAUAUAUGUCAUAUUAGAGUAAAUCAAUUAAAGAGCCUUUCCAUAUUUUCUUUAAUAUUAUUUGUUUAAUUUCGUGCCGAUUUUCACAGUUUUCCUACGAUUUUUCGGUUUUCCCGUGUUUUAUCCCGGUUUUUCAAAUUUACAUAGAAAACUCUUUUCUUAAAAUUUCUUAAAAUUUUCUUAAAAUCGAAAAAUGACCUUAAAGUACCUUUCCGCGCCGAUUUUCUUUCAGAAAAAGUCGCUACACUUAAAAAUCUGAGCAAAUCCUCUAGUAGAAAAGUUGCACACAGAUAUAAAAAAAAAAAAAAAUAAUAUACAUCUUUGAAAAUCGUAAGCUUUUUCGCUCCACUCAGAAUCUAAAAAUCAAAUUAAAGAAUGUCUAAAAUAGUUGACAUAUCUAUGUAUAUAAUUUACAAAAGUAUAUUUAGAUAUAUUUGAUGUACUUUUACAGAAAUAUUUAGAAACCGAAAAUACAGUUGCCACAUUUUACGUUCAGUUAGUAAUAAUUCUGCAGAUUUUGAAUAACUGUUUACCGUGAGUAGAGUAUAUAAAAGUUAUUUUAAUUAAAUAAUCGAUGAUAGCACAUUAGCAUCGUUUAGUUGAUGUGAACACCUCGAUUUAGUUUGAUUUAGUUCUAGAAGUUUUAGUCCAAAACUUGAUUUUAUAGUUAAUAAUAUAAGUUUGAAUUAUGUACCUACAACAUUACCUACUACAUUUGAUAUUAAAACAUAUUUUAGAUUCUGAGUGGAGCAAAGCAGUAUAUGAUUUUACAAAGAUACUUAUUUUUUUUUUUUGUUGUUGUUUUUUUUUUUUUAUUUGUGCCCAACUUUUCUACCGGCAAGAGCAACUUUGUUCUGAUUUAGAAUGAUACCAUUUUUUCUGAAAGGAAAUCUGACUGGGAAGGUACUAAUUAGGGGGUCAAUUUUUGAUUUUCUUAUCAAAUGUGAAAAAACGAAAAAAACACUAAUGAAAAACAGGAAAAUGUACGAAAUGUUGGUAUUUAGUUUGGGCUUAUUUGGUUCAGAGGUAAACGUUAAAAUACGUCUAAAUAUACCGUGAGAUACAUAUAUACCUAUUACCGACACAAUGCAGUACUACAGUACCUAUUUUCGGGAAUAUUCGACAAAACGCCUGAUACUGCUGAUGAAUUGGAAGGGAAGAUUAGGAUUUAUAUAGAGUAAUUUAAUUUAAUUCUAUACAUAACAAUAAACCGCUGCUGACGAAAACGAUUCUGAGAAAGUAUUAUGAGUCGUAUAUUAUCAACAAAAAAUUACAAAAAAGUUUCUAUAAAAACUACAAUGAAAAUUUAAAAAGUCUAGAUCAAACCAGACAAUGUCUACAAGAAAUUUCUUAUACAUUUUUUGAUAGGAAUAUAAUUUAUGAUUAUUAUUUCGUAUCAUACAACUACAAUUAGAUGCGUACGAACAAAUGAUAAUAAAUCAUAAAUAAAUAAGUAACAUAAAUAUAUACAAUUCAGAGUCUAUAUGGAGAUAAAAAAAAAAAUAUAAUAAAAUACAUAAAUUGCUUAAUAAAUAUAAUUGGGAAUAUAAAUAGAAUUUGGAAUGGAUAUAACUUUACGGUAACAUAAUUGUCAAAGAUUAUAGGUUUAUUUCAGUUUUAGAUUACCCAUGACAAGAAUCUUGCUACUUCAAAAGCAUUUGGAUUUGCUGACAGGUUUUCUUUCGAACAGAAAGAUGGGCAGCUUUGGCAGUUCAUUGUUCCAUGUCUUGUUCCAAACCACACUCGCAUUUUGUGGAGAUGUCUUGAUAUUUCUUUAGGUUGUUUUUAGAUCUGCCCACUUCUACUCUGAGUCUAUUGAGUGAUCUCCAGGUUGGCCAGUCUAAUUCGUGUCCUGCUGGCAGCAAUUCCGCUACUCUAGUUUAUUGUUUUCUUUGAAGAAAGAGAGUUUCCACAUUUCUCUUCGUACCUCAUCAGGGUGUUUUUUUUUUAGAGGUUUUGUCGUUUUAAGAAAAUUCUUUCUGGAUUUACGUCUAAAAUUAGGUAUAUUUUGUCUAUGUAAUGGGCGUCGUAUAUCAAUUUCUGCUUUAGUCCUUUCCCAGUCUGCUGCGACCUCCGGCGGAUUUUCGGUGGGACAAUACCAACGAGUUUGUAAAUUUUAGGAAGUAGUGUAUUCUUGAGAAAACCUGUUACUAAACUGCAAGAUUCAUUCAUUAUGGUGUCUAUUUGUUUUGUAUGGACAGAACUGCUUCACAGGAGCAACUUUUUUAUAGCGGCUAAAAAUCUACCACCGUGCAAGUAGAGAACUAUAUUGGUGUGCAAUCAAAUUUCUGUAUAAGCAGACAAUUUAUUCUUGUAAAGUGGUUUAUAGGUACAUAAAAAAUAAAACAUAACAUAGCUUUAUUCAGAAAAAAAAAUACACAAAUCGUAAACACUUCCACGACUCUUUAUUUGUAUUACAAAAUAUAUUAUUCUGUGGUCACUUAGUAAAAUUAUUAACAUUUACCCGACGAUUUACAAAUACCAUUGUGGGUUUAAUAAAAUUAAAAAUUAAUUAUUAUAAUGAACCGAAAUACUCGUACAGUUUUGUUCGAACAAAAAGUUUGUUUUGAUAUUUCUUAUAAUACAGUUUUGGUUUGAACAGUUAAAAAUAUUAAAAACUUGGAAAACUUUUCGGUCCUCAUUUGCCGGUAUAUUUAACAGCAAUAAAUUAUGUUAAUAUAUUAUAUUUUUUUCGUUUAAUUCCAUGAUCUUUCUGUCACCAAUACCUAUAUAAUUUAAUACAAAUGUCCGUCGUGUUAAAAACCAUUUUUAUUACUAGCCAAAGAAAUCCAUGGUUGUCUAUCUGUCGGCAGGAAAUAUAUUUAAAAAAAAAAAAAACCACAUUCUAUGAAUACACUGCAUUGUGUCUCAAAUAAAUAUGUUACUGUCAAGAUACAUUAUACAAUAAUUAAAAUCGCCAACAUUUCGUGUAUAGAGAAAAAAGUGAUUCUUAAAAAACCGCUGUUUUCAUCGUAGCUAUAGGUUUAUUUUUCGACAACUUUUUAAUUUUACACAGGAAAAACAUUAUAUUUAUGGACGGACAUUAAGAAUAAACAAUAUCGAAUCUCAAAAAUAUAAUUAUAUGUAGAACACCGCACACACUAUGAUCAAUUUUCCAUUAUUAACCUAAAGAACAAUUGCAAUUUUGAGUAGCGUUAUCAGGGUUGCGAAAUGUUUUAAAAAGGUCCUUUAGUUUGAAACGUUUAAAAAUUAAUUAUAUUGGCCGUUUUAAUUUAAUUUUGAAUACGUAAAAUACGUGUAUGUUCUGAAGAAUGAAGAUAUUUUGUAUAGUUCCGAUUCAUUCUAGAAAUAUAAAUUUAAAUUAAAAGCAUUAUUUUUAGAUAAAGAAAUAACAUUUUUUUUUUUUCAAUUAUUAUUUUGUUUUAUUUAUAAUUUACAACUGUUCUAUAUUUGUAAUUAAGUAGUUUAUUAUAAUAUAAUAUAGUAUAAAAUUGUACGUAUGCAAAAAAAAAAAAAUAAUAAUAAUAUGAAAAAAAAAUUAUUCAAUCAAUAACAUUAAGUCACGAAACGCGAGUUGAUCGUGUAAAUCUAUCUAUAAAUUCUGUAAAACCGACAACGGGAAUCGUCAUCAUGAAUUAUUUUCCGUGUAAUAUUAUAUUAUAUUUAUUCUAAUCACGGAACACAGAGAAAUUCGAAUUUCCAAUGGCCGUUCUAAUAAUAAUAAUAAUAAAACAAAAACGGAACUGAUAGUGUUAAUUGGUGUGCCACUGUUGUAUGCGCGUCAAGUUGGCACCGGUACACGGUCCGGAUUAAUCGAAUGACAUAAUAUCAAUAUGACCGUCGGAAUCAACUAAAUUUUGCUAGACUAUUUUUGAAAUCUCGAAAUAUAUAAUUUCCAAACAAAUCACACUGGUAUACAUUUGAUAAAGAUAUCAACAAUUUCAUAGGUACCUUUUAUAAAUAUACCGAGUUUGAUGCAUCAUUAGUUUUUUUUUUUUUUUUCCAUAGAUUUUAUGUAAUUUUGUAAUAGAAUUGGAUGAUCGAUUCAUUAAUUUAUAUAUUUUAACAUGAUAUGUCUAACAAUGUGAUUCAUAAUUUAUGUUACAGCCUUUUUAUCAUAACAACAUUAAAAAUAGAGAAGAAUUUAUGAUAAAACAACUUUACUAAUAAAUGUCUAAAAUAAUUUGUACAUUAUUUAUUUUUUUUUUUUAAUCAUUUAGGAGGUCUUUGGGGUUCAACUUUUUAAAUUUAAAUGGGAUCUAAUACAUUUUUUGAGAACACGCAUGUUAAAAAGAUAUUUUUCAAACACAUUUUAAUGAUUGAAUAACAUUAGUUUACUGAAAACUAUUAUUGAGAGCGAUUUUAGGUAAAUACUAAUAUAGCUACAUUAGUUCUAACGUAUAACUGGUUCGCGAAUGCAAUGCAGCGUAUUGUAUGAUAAUUAUUAAGUAAUGUCAUUAGCGUCCCGUCAAAAUGCAAUUCACAAAAUAAUCUUUUUUUUUUUUUUUUUUUCAAAGCACAUUGUUUGCAUCUCGUAUACUGGUAUUAUUAAUGCAUUAUUAAAAUCUGAAAUAUCGCAGGUUCUUCUACUCUAUUCAAUUAUUCUUUUUAAAUCAAAAAUUAUAUUAUAAGCUUGAUUUUUUAGUGUAGGCAUUGUACAAACUGUCAAAUUUAAAAAAAACUAAUAAUGCAGGGGACGGGUGUCACCACUGUUGGGGGUAGGUAGUUUCAAAGGUAGGAUACAUAAAGUUAUUAAUUUUACCUGUAACCACCGAUAAACCUUUGCUAAUGAAAGGAAUGAAGUUCCGUUAUACAUGUUUUAAAAUGCCGUAAUAUUUAUAGUUUUCGUAAAAUAUGAUAUUAAAACUAUUAAAAAAAAACAACUACAUUGCGCUUAACUUUAUUUAUUUUACCAUUAAAUAAACCUUUAUAGUAACUUCUUAUUAAAUUUUCAAACAUUUUUGUUUGAUCGAAUAAUUUUAUCCACAAGUACUUACCAAAUAAGAACUAAGAAAAAACUUGAAACUGUAAAAUACCUCAAAUGGCUCACAAAACGCCCAAAUGUUUUAAAAAAUCAACCAUGUCUAGGAAAGUCUAACAUCAUUAUUUUAUGAAAAUAUCAGAUUUCCAUGAAUAUGUUUAACCAAAAAACAUCAACAGGAAAAAAAAGAGAUAAUACUGGUGACGGGUGUGCCACUGUUAUAGGUAAGAAAUAUAGAAGGUAGGAUGUGUAAAGUUUUUUAAUUUAUUGCUCUAAGCAACGAUAAAGCAUUGCUAUCGAAAAACGAUUCGAAGAGUUAUUCUUUUAAACACAUUUUGACGGACCGUAAUAUUUACGAUUUUCGUUGAUGUUAAAACGUAUAAAUAAAAAAUAGUGAAUGGCAAUUUUUUGAAUGGAUUUUUUUUUUUUUUUAAUCGGUAAGUAUGUAACUUAUAAUGAACCUCCUGUCAAAUUGUCAAGCAUAUCUGUUAAGUCUAAUAAUUUUAUCUAUAGAAUAACUACCAAAUAAUAAUUACGUACAAUCACGCAAAAUUAAAAUUUCUGUAAAUAGCUCAAAAAUGUCUUAAAUGUUUUGAAAAUUUAACCACGUCUUUCAACGUCUCUAUGAAUAUUUUCAACAAAAUUACAAAAACAAAAUUGAAAAUAAUAAAAGUAUUAUUUUCGUAAAUUUUUCCUUAUUUUCCACGUAUUUUUCAGUUUUGUUCAAUAAUUAGGAAAACUACAAAGAAAAUUAAAAAAACGACUUUCUUGAUAACCAACUAGAUUAAGAAUUCAAUAAAAAAAAGAUCUCUUGUUGUUUUUUCUAUUGGAGCAAUAUUUCUGGUAGAAAUCAGAAUGCAUAAAAAUGUAAAUAAAUAAUGAAUUUAUAACGCUGUAAAUUUGUCAGUUUUAAUUUUAGUUUUUUUUCGGUUUUCCCUAAUCAUUAAUAAAACUACAGAGAAAAUCAAAAAACGACCUUCUUAUUUACCAACUAGAUUAAAAAUUCAACGAAAAAGGUCUCUUGUUGUUUUUCUAUAGGAGCAGUAUUUCUUUGUACUAAACAUAAGCCCUAAAUAUUUAAAAUACAUUUCUAUUUUAUUUUUUUUGGAGGGGGGGCGUGAAGAUCAUAAUUUUUUGUCACUUCUAUUUUGGGGGUCAAUCAUUUGUCAUUUCAAGUACAUAAGGUGGUAGAUAAUCUGUUCACUUCCAAAAGUAAGGAUGACGCAAACUAAUGAAAAUGUAAUAUUUUAAAGUUAUUUGUUAUUUUUUUUUUAAAUUAUCGAAAAAAAUUCCUAAAAAAGUUUAUUCACUCCAAGGUAUCGCUAUGAUCAUAUUUUCGUGGGACAUCCUUUAUAGUAAUCAUGCAAGCGUAAUAUGCUAUACGUUAUUAACUUUAAAAAAAAAAAAAAAAUCGAUUUGCAUAAUACACUAGGAUAAGAACUACAAACAUUUAUAUUACAAUUUAUUUUUUGUUAAAAAAUUAAAAAAUUAAUGUAUAGUUUAUUUUUCUAAACAUUUUGAUGUAUCUCAUUUAAUUCAAAAUUUUUAAUAAUUUUUUAAAGUUCAUAGAAAAGUACGCAGCAGGCUGUUAUCGCAUUUUCUGAUUGAUUAUUAUUAUUACGGUUAAUCGACUGUACACUCUGUAAAUCUUCAAACUGUUCAAAAAUAAUAAAAUGAAAAGUAAUUCUUGUAAGUUUUUAUCACAUCGAAUUGGUUUAACAUCAAAAAACAUUAACAGAAAUUUAUCAUUAUAGUUAUAUACUUGACAUGACUUUAUUAUUACGGAAAACCCAAACGAAUUAUAAUAUCUCCGGCCUAUAUAACGGACAGCGAUUGAAAUCUUAUUAAAAAAUUUAAAACUCAAUACAAAUAAAUGUCGCGUUAAACAACAAAUUAAUUUCGGAAAAAUACAGGGUAAUGGGUAUACUUAUCUUUACGUAAACUGAGAAAAAUAUAUUGAUUUAGAUUGAUAGAUGUAUUUAUUUUAGACGGUUUUAUAGAAUUGUGUAUCGUUCGUACAUGACAGGGAAUUAAUAUUAUUUUGUACAGAAUUUUUUUUUUUUCCGGCACAAUAUUAUUGACAAAUUCAUCAAUCGGGUAUACGAUUAGUAAGAUUUGAAAUAUGGCACACGGUAUAAUUUCGAAUUUAUGUUUUUUACAUUGGUAUCCAUAUUUGUUAUUUGUAUGGUUAUUAACCGCUGAGAAAUAUCGAUGAUCUAAGAUACAGCCCAAUGUUUGGAGGAGAUUACAAUAAAAUGAUGAAUUUGGAGUUUACAAAAAAAAGCUGUUUACAGGCAGAAAAAAAAUUUAUAUAAAAUACACAUCAUAGUUAAACCAAUACAUUCCUCGUUAUGUUCAGAAUCUAAAAAGAUUUUGAGUGACGUUCGGGGAAAUAUCCGUUUUUAAAUGGCGUAAUUUGUAACGAUUUUUAUUAAAAAUUAGAAAUAAAAUGAUUAUUAGAAAAUAAAACACAACACUAAGAUAAAAUUUAGGUUUUUCAAAUACAAUAAGUACAACUUAAAUGAUAAACAUACAUUUAAUUUCCAAGUAUUAUCGCUUGGUUAAAAUAAGUUUUUCCACAUAAACCGAAUACAAUUUCACGUCUCUGCAAUUAUUUUGCUGUAAUUGUACUAGUUAUUCUCGGGUUUCCCAAUAGUUAAGAAAAAUAAAAACAAAAUCAACAAACCGCUUACCCAAUACAACGUUCAGAUACGAAAUUGCUGUCAGAAAUGACGAUAUUCGAAAAUCAGAGCAAUAUUUCGCGUAGAAAUAGAAAACGAACACAUCACAGGAAAAACCGAAAUUUAAAAAUGCCCGAGUAAAAUAAUAUACGAGUAAUGUGCGGCGGAAAAACGAGUGCGGAACAUUUAAAUCCCAGCUCAACAGAAUAAUAUACGGCAAUGUCAACACCAAAGUUCGUAUUAUGACAAAAUUAUAGCGAAUAAUAGAUCAAAGGACUUCUGAUACUGUAACGAUUCAGCGAAUGAUUGCUGCAGUAAAUGCACGCCAUUCGGCGUGAGGGACAAACAAAACGAGAACAAUUCAGCAACGUAUAUAAUACGUAUUUUUUUAUUUAUUUUUUUUAUAUAUAUUUAUAUUAUAUAGGGGUGUUUGAUUGCGUGUGUAUUUAAAUUGGAAAACAGUAUACGGAAACAGAAAGCUAUAAUACAUAAUAAUAUCAUUUAUUGCCGUCCCCGUUGUGCGUCGCGUACCUUCUGAUUUCACCAACUACACAGUUUAUCGGAUUGUGGCCGCGCGUUUUGGAGACUGACACCCGUCUCUAACACCGGACUCUGUAUUAGGUUUGUAUAUAACCACAAACUGGGAUCGUCGGAAAAAUAAUAUGACGUUGCCGUCGCGUGACGACCCGGCGAUCGGCACGGAAUUGCGAUUACCUAUAAUUAUGUGAAUUGGUAUAACUUGCCCCAUAUUUUCCUUUAUAAUCUUAGGGUACUUUAAUCUAGAACAAGGGUCUCCAACCUACGGCACGUCAAGCUUUUCAAACUGGCCAGCCAACAUAACUGAUGUUUUGACAAUAAUAUUCAUUUAUCGACAAUAUUUUCUACCAAAAAAAAAAAAAAAUAAAAAAAUUAUAGUGAUGAAAUAAAUGGUUCUUCGUUAGUUUUUGUUCUAAAUAACUAAAAAAUAGUAAAAACCCAGUCGAUUGAGUUAUCGUUUUUAUGGCGGCGAUCGUUAAUCGAAUAUCGUUCUAUCUAUAAACUCCUAAAACAAAAUGUUUAUAUUAAAUUCAACUAUUUUCACAAAACAACUAAAAGAAAAAAAAAUCUUGUCCAUUUUCAAACUUGCAAUUAAUUCAAACUUGAAAAUUAUGAAGAAUUCCCUAAUCGAUUUUUCACUUAUUCGAAAGAGCAGUUUCGAACCCUCUUUGGAGAUUUUGAAAGUGCAGAAGACUAUAUUCGAAUUUUUUAAAACCCAUUUGCCAUAGAAAUAUAAACUUUACCAACGGAGCUUCAACUUAAAAUCAUCGAGCUCACAUCAAAUAAUCAUUUCAAAAACUAUUUCAAGGAAACUACACUCCAACAAUGCUCGAGGAGUCUUUUCCAAAUCUGAAAAAAUGUGCACGUGAAAUGAUUUCAAUAUAUAGCUCCACCUACUUGUGUGAACAGAUUUUUCAAAAGUGAAAUACCUCAAAUCUAAGUACAGAGCCAACUUAAGUGACGAACAUUUACAAGCAACGCUGUUGUUUGGAAUAACAAAGUUUUAUGUAAACUAUCAAGAAAUUUUAAAAGACAAGCAUUCCCAACAUUCUCAUUAACUAACUUACUCGUAUCACAAUAAAACAAAUUUUGAAUUAUAAAAUUAAAAACAAAUAAACAUUUUUCUAAUAUCUAAAUAAAUCUUAUCUAUUUGUACCUAUUCUUCAAUUUCAUUACCUCUCUAUUCCAAUAAAGAAUUUUGGCCCGUGAUGUCGAAACGUAUCUCAUAUUUGGCCCGGUUUAAAAAAAGGUAGGACACCCCUUAUCUAAAAUCAUAUUAAAAAUACAGCAUAUACCUUGUUUAUAUGCAUCCAUUAAAUCGAAUUAACUUGAUUCGUAUUGAAUCAAUUCGGAUUAGGGUACAAAUAUACAUGCACGUCUAAAACCGUAUUAUUAGUAUAAACACCGCCGCCAAACUAAUUUACGUUACAACGUUCAAACGCAGAACUUAAACCGAUUUUCCUUCAUUGGAAUUUAUAAUGUUGUAAAAUAAUAAAAUAAUGAUUAUUAUUACAACUUCAAUUCUUCAAUAACGUUUAUUAUUGUUAAUAAACCUUAUCGCAAGUACCUGCCGUAAUCCUGAUUCGGUUGUUGUGGUGUGAUCCGUUUACACGUAUUUUGUACUCUCGUAAUUAUGUCCAAUGCGCAUGUCAAAUGAGCAUUAACUAUACCGUUUUAGUCGAACCGUUUUAACAGCCGUUUACAUGCAUUUAACUCCGGAAGUUUACUAAAUCGAGUUGAGUCAAAGCGGUUUUAGCUGUGCAUGUAACCGUAGUAGUAAUAGAUAGGUGCAUCAUAAAUUAAUAUUUUUCGUUAUCGUGUUUCAAAGAGAUCAAUUAUCCCAGCCCGCCCACUUUCGAAUAUCAGAACGAAACCGGUUCCAAUCGUUUGCACCUUUUUUGUACCUGAUGUUGCCUCAAGUCUCUUUGUUUAUAGCUCAAAGUUCCUUUCACCCUACAGCACCUUUAAAGGUGCUAAAGAAAUGCUCCUUCGCCAGCCCUAUUUUGUAAGUGGAGUUAGUUGGGAAAGUGGGGAAUUGCCUACGAUCCUUUGACUUUGGCGGAAUUGUUUCGAUGUAAAAAGCUUUUUAAAGGUUAAACCUUAAAUGCUUGUCAGUAACUAUUUGUAUUUUUUAGAGUGCAGAACUCGGAACAUUUGUUUUUAAAUUUUCUAUUGCGUAAAUAAAAAAUAUAAUAAACAUCCAGAUUUUCGUUCUGCAUAUAAAUACGUGAAUAUAAAAGCAUGAAAAUAUAAAAUAUCUAUAAAAAGCCGAAAAAUAGCCAGAAUAUUUUGAAAAUGUUAACACUUCUACAAAAGGCAAUAUUACACAUUAUACAAUAUUUUAUUUUGUUUAUAGUAUUUUGUGAAAACUGCAGGUCUCUAAAUUAAUUUUCAACCAAAUAACAAAAAAAAUCCAAAUGCCGUGCACUUUGCUGUUUUUUCAUGAAUUUUUCCAAUUAUUAUGAAAACUACUCACAAAAUUAAAAAAUGAUAUGAAUGAUAAAAAUAGCCACAGGUCCACUUAUCCGUUAAACAAAUUUAAAAACGUAUACUAAAUUAUAUUUAAAAUAUGGAGGGAAAACUAUACUCCCCCAAACCCACCAAUUCGAGCAUUGAUUAGCGCAGUUUAAAUAAAUGGAAAUUGAAAUAGGUACGAAGAUAGCGCAUUUCCUUUUAAUAUUUAAUGCCUAAUAAACAAUGCAAAGCAGUUUGCACAGACAAUAUUAUUUAAAAAAAAAAAAAAAACAAUAAUAAAACUGUAGCUUUAAUUUAAAAAGUGUUUCAUAACAUAAUAUAUUUUAUUUUAUACAAUAAUUAUCAAAAAAAAAGAAUACGUUUAAAAAUGACGUGUUUAACCAUUAAAAAAAAAACUUUUUUCCGACCUUAUAUAAUUAUUACACGAGCGCAACUUAAAUAAACCGCCGAUAUUUUAAAUAUUAAUUUUAAAAGGUAGGUGGGUGUAGAUACUCCGCUGUAGUUUUAUGCCGAAUAAAGUAAAUAUUAUACCAAUAAAGAUUAAAAAUCAUAGUGAGUACCUAUUCAUUAUGUUAAUUUUUCGGUCCUGCGAGUUUUUCAACGUUUAAUGAAAUUUAAAAUUCUCAACGAAAAAAUCCGUUAUUAUAAUUUUACUACGAAAAGUAUUUAUUCCCAAAUCACUAUUAAAUUAUGUACACGUGAUUCAACCCUUUCGUGAUUUAUUGUUGUAUAAUAUUAUUAUACCAACGAAUAAUCGAUCAUCCUAAAUAGCUUUUAUUUUUUUCACCUUUUUUUUUUAUUUUUUCAAUAUUAAGAACGUUCAAAAUGCUCGACUACCUAUAUAAUAUAAGAAUGACAAAAUUAAAAGUGAUAAUAUUAUUAUUAUUUAUGUUUUCAUAUUAUAACCUAUAGAUGAAUAGAAUUAGAACUAUUUUUAUUUCGUCAUUCUCUCUUUCUAUCUCUUUUUUUGACAUAAACAUUUGUAAUUAUUAUCAAGCCGUGACAUUUUAGAACAAAUACAAUAAAAACAUGUUUUUCUUUUCUUUUUUUUUUUUUAUUUCAAACCUUGGAAAAUCCGAAAGGUUGAAUUAUUCGAAUAUUAAUUCCCAAUUUUAUAUUAUGGUCAUUUUAAAUAGACACGAUAUGUAUAACUUUUGAAUUUCAAGAUCAUUUUUUUUCUGCUAUUAUCCUAUAUUCAUUUUUUAGCUCAGUGACGUAUUUGAAGGGGGGCAACUGCUGGAUUACCCCUCCUUGGAAUUUGUUGGCCGUGAUUUUUCAAUUACGGCUAUUAGCUAUAGGUGAUAAAAUAAUAUUUUUAUCAGCGUCACCAAAAUGUAGUGACAAUGAUAUAACUGGAGAUAUUUUUGUCUAUAAUACAUACAUGGAGAUAUCGAUGUGAAUUUCCAAACAAUAAUCAUAGAUUGGUUUGUAGGAAAAAAAAAUGAAUAUUGCUUUACAAUUAUUGUAAAUAUUUGUAUUGCAUUGUUUGUUAUAAAUAUGAUACAUGUAUAUGUUACGGUCGUUACGGGUAAAAGCCGAAAACGUAAUAUUUACACAAUUUCGACUUUUAACGGUGACAUAUAUUUUAUAUAUACCUACAUAUAUAUUUUUAUUUUUUUUUUAUGUAAUAUUAAUUAUAAUACUAUAAUAGUAUAAUAGUAUACACCUGUAUACUUUUUUUUUAAUUAUUAAGAAGUGUAAUUAUAAAACAAAUUAUAACUGUUAUUUUUUUUUUUUUUAAUAUUUCGCGAUAUUUCAUGGUAUAUUACAAUUUUUACCCCCUCUCCCUUGAUUGAGUUCCAAAUAUGUCACUGAACCAUAGACCAUAAUAUUUUUUUCUAUUUGCGAUAGUCAAAUUUGAAUUAUUCGAUAAUUAAACUUAGUGUUUGCGUAUUUUAAAGACAAACCCUUUGAACCACCCGUUUAGUAGGUUUGAAUUCCAGUGACCUUACUUAUUUUAUUUAGAAGAAAUUUUAUUCGGUAGGUACUCAAUAGACAAAAUUGUAAGACUAAACAGAAAUGCUUGAAAAUUUGACAGGAGGUUCAUUUAAAGUCGUAAUUUGUAAUUAAAAAAGUUAUAAAGGAAGUAUAUAAAGGAAUUUUAAUACCAAAUUUUAAUAACAAUCAUUUAAGUGUAAAAUUAUGUGGAGCAAAUCUAGUUAUUAGUACAUGCACAUUUUUUUUUUUUUUUUUUUUUUGUUCUAAACAUGUGUAUAUUGCCGAUUUAAGAACGAUGGUGAAGUCAGAAUUGAGCGAUCUGACUUAGUUAAGAAAUUAUAGCUUUUUAAAUUUUUUAUAUUAUGCCAAUAUUACAUGUGUUAUGUUAAAUAGCUCAAUAUUGUCAAUUGUAUAGUAUGUCAGUCGUAGUUUAGUGAUGGAACGUACCUGUUGUCAUCCCAGAGAUCGCAAGUUCAAAUCCGAAUUCUGGAAAUUUAUUUUUCAAUACCACGUUGGAUAGGUAAUAGGGAAAAAACAAAUACAAAAAUGCAACAUAAUAUCUGGAAAGUAAUCUGAACAAUAAAUGUGAAUUAUAUUAUUAUUAUUAAAUCGUUCGUUUUAAUCUUUUUUAAAAGUAUUGAGUUUAUUAUUUACUUGUUUCAUAUUUUACAGGCAAAGAAAAACUGAACAUCGCCCAAAAUGAGUCUGUCAGACUGGUACUGGAAACAGACGGUACGCAAAUCGAGGACUCCGAGUACUUUAAAACACUGCCAAACAACACUACUGUUUUAUUGCUCAAAGAUGACGAAUAUUGGUAUCCGUCUGGAGUCGACGCCAUCAAAACAGGUUAUUGCGUAUACGAAGUAUUUGACUAUUUAAUAUUUUUAAGUUAUUGGUCUUCAGAACUUAAUAGUACAAUUUUUACCGUUUUGAUAAAACAAGAGUAUCAGUACUCGAUAUUAUACUCCUACUCACAAAACUGUAACGUAUAAAUAAUAAUUAUGUAAUAUAAUUUAGAAGAUCGUUUAUAUUUAACGCGCAAGUAUAAUUCAUUAAUUUAAAAUAUAUUAACUAGAAUUAUUAUAAUAUAAGAAUUAUUAUAUUAUUAUAAUAUAAUAAUUCUCAUUUUUUUCGUAGUGAUUCGAUUAGUCCACAGUCCGGAUGGCUUUUAUUUUCCUUGAAAAGUUAAAAACAAUUUAUUAAAUUUAUUUAAUAUAUGAAGAUGUAUGAUUUUGAAAAAAAAAAAACAUGCUCUUCGUGUAGCGGUUUCUAAACAAAAUAAAAAAUUAACUUCAAAUCGGAACUAAAUUUUACCCAUAUAGACCACGCAACAUAAAAUUCUUUAGUGCAGAAAAAUAAUUUUAAGUCAUUUACGAACGCGACGUAAACGAAUUUGCGGAACAACAUAUAUGAAUAACGUAUUGUAUUGUUAUGUCAAGUUUAUUCCCGAUCAAAAUAUCUAACAUUAUAAUUUUUAAAUGGUUUUUUCCAUCAUAACAGUAUAAAAGUCUUAGCGCACGAGUUCAACUCAUAUUUGACCUAGAAGUUUUGGAUACUACAACACUAGAAAAACUGAUUAACGGUCUGUGAAAUUGUAAACAUUCUUGGUAAGAACCUGUGCUUUUGAUUGAGUUAAGUUAUGUUUGAGAAGGUUGAGUUAUUAGGAUAUGGUUAAGAAAACUUUUUAACACAGUUUUAGACUAACAGCUCGAAGAUUUUGGUGAGAUGUGGUAAGAUGGAGAUAGGCCUAUAGUUGACUACUAAGGUGGGAUCUUCGGAUGUUAAGAUGAGAGUUACCGAGCAAAUUUUUCAAAUAGAAGGGAAAGAUCCUUCGUCCAAUGAGAGUCUGGAUAGCAAGAAAAUUGUAUAGUAAAAGAAAUUACGACAAUUAAAAAAAAAAAACAUGAAAUUCCGAGCUAUUAAAGUUGGUGAAGCUUACAGCUGAAAGCGUCUGAAGUAUGUCACCCGGUGAAAAAUGGCAGUUUGGUGAUAAAUCAUAAGAAAAACCGCAAGUAUAGUAAAAAGGAACGGCAAUGAAAACUGAAGGUCUGAAGACUGACAUGAAAUAGUGGAAAGCUGUUUCUUAAAGCUGUUUAUCUUUAAGCUCAUUAAUAUAUUUUCAAAAAUUCCGGGGAGAGAGUGAUAAUGAGCACUCAAUUUAAGUUAAAAAGGAUUGGUAGUUUAAUUUUGAGAGACUGGCUCUAAGCUCCUAAAAAUCAUUGUAGUCAGACACACCUAGGAUCCACGACUCACCCACCCAUUUAUUUGUAAAUCACGUGAUUCAAAUAUACCUCCUUCGAGCUGCCACUGAAUCGAGCUGCAAGGUUCAUAGUGUUCAAAAAAUCUGAUUAAAUGUUUACAAGAUAAAAAAUCAUAUCGCAUUGGAUUUUCAAACACCCGAGAGAUCACGAGAAAAGAAGUACGUAAAUUUUGAAAAAAAACAUUGAAAAUAUUGAAAGAUUAAAGAAACGUUCAAGAACUCCAACGAUAAUAAUAAUAAAUUUGGGCAUGGAUUUUGAAGUGAUGUCUAUAUUUUUAUUUCUAGUGUUUUAUAAUGUAGGUAUGUUUUAGCCCUUUAAGUGAAAAAUGUGUUAUUUGCACGAUACUGAAAAAUGUAAUUAAUGUAAAUUGUAAUGUAGUUAGUUAAUUAUAAUAUAAUAUUUAAUUUAAUUAUAUUUUAAUAUUACACAAAUAACUGCUAACCUUCUUUCGUGUGUUGAGAUUGUUUUCCCUGGCUUUUUAUUAUUAUUAUAUUUUUUUACCGUUUACAAUAAUUGAAUACGCCAUCUAAGUUAUUUAAUUUCUAUCGAAAUAAAAUUGACUUUUCACUAUUCCGAUAGUGUGAAAAUUAUUAAUUAGAACACCAAUAAUGUUUCAGCUAUCGCCGCCAUACCAAAGAUCGUCUGCGAAACGAUUCACGCUCUAGAACUGCAAGACGCAACCCCUUCGUGGAAAAUAAUGGACAACAAGGGACGUAUCACGGUGGUUUUGCAUUGGGACCACCAGCGGAACAUGAAUUACCGUGGAGGUGGUGGCGGAGGAGGAGUAGGAGGAGGAGGAGGAAGUGGUGGCGGAGGAAGUGGUUUGGACUCGUCACCGUCAAAGAGAACAACGUACUUUCACAGCGGCGGUUUUGGCAUUGGCGGCCUGCUGAUGGAAAACAAUGCUAAUAAAAGGGAAUCGGACCAAAGUACAAUGCAGUACCAUCUUCAUCAGCAGUCCGAACCGCUGCUGCCACCACCGAUUUACCGUCACGGGUCCAUGCCGCAGAUUACAGUGAUCCACCACGACGCUUUACCGUCCACAUCAAUGACCAACCGCUUAGGUAAAUAUUUUCUAGUCAUUUUAUUCCAAUUUAUUUGUGGGUAAACAUUAGUAGCCUAAAUCGUAUAUUGUAAAGUUGUUAAUCAAAUUUCCAAGCAAAGCAAGUUAUAAUCACCUCUACUUUAUUUUCGACUUCCCCGGUAUUCUGUCAUCUUGUUACCUAGCGAUGCCGGCGUGAUGUACCUAAGUUUCUUAUCUUCGAACACUCAAAGAAUACAAAUAUAUCGAUAAGAUGAAUCUCGAAAUCAUUAUGUGAAUUAUUAGUCAUUAGGGAAAUAUAAUGGGAAAGCUAAAAUGUGGGAAGCUAUAAUUCACACUAAACUUGUGCUGCGAAUAGUGAACGGUAGGAUCGGCGGACCGCGAGCAAGUGAGUUAUUGCCGUCUGGACGGUCGGUAUUUAUGCAAUCCGUCCGGCGGUGACGGCGACGACGUAAUUUGUUGGGCAGCGCUAAUAACGUGUCGUCAGGUAGUGAUGGUCGGCUGGCGGGAAUGCUGUGACUUAAUGGUGGAAUCCGGUACCGUUCGUGUAUUCGUGUCGCGACCUAGUGGUUUGUAUUUGAUACGCCGUCAAAUCUGGUGGAUUAUGUACCUAUUGAAAAAAACAGUCUGUUGCUUAUGGCAAGAAAAAAAAAUGGCGUGUUUUUAUAUGGAACUAUCUUUUUUCGGAAAGUUAUAGUUAUAAUUUCAAUUUAAAUAUUAUUAAAACAAUUCAUAAACGUAUUAAAGAAAAAAAAUACACAAAUCGCCAAAUAAUGUUAUUAACUAUUGUAUAGUAAAUUAUAUUGUAAAUUAAUUUUUAAUUCGAAACCGGUCGUAUAAUACACUUAUCAUAAUACUCCAGGCGACGCAUUCAUUCAUUUAUUUAUUUUUUGUGUCUAUAUGUAAAUAUUUUAUUUAUAUAUUUAUUUACUAUAUUUAACUAGGAUAUUGUACCUUGUACGUAUCUUUUAUCUGUAAUCAAAUACUUUUCAUGUGGGUCAGAUUUUACUAUUUUUACGUGAUAGCGAAACUCGGCCCUAACACCAUGAUGUAGGAUUAGGAUAAGUUAAGGACAAAUAUAUAAACAAAUUAUAUUAUAAAACAACAAUAUAUAUAUAUAUACAUACAUGUAUAAAAUAUUUAUUUCUAUAAACAAAAAAAUACAAGAAUAAUGAUAAUAAUAUAAUAAAUAACUUGAAUUUCACAUCUGUAAAGCAACUAAUUAAUCUAUUUCAUAUUAUCUAAAAAUGAUUUUAUUGGUCAAUAACGAUACUGAAUCUGUUAAAGAGUCCGGUGUCACGGUCGUUUUGCACACGAAAAUACACUCUACGGAAAUAAUGAUACUGUUCAGUAGAAUGAACCAAGUUCAAUAUAUUAUAUAUUUUUCAAUUAAUAGUGGGAAAUAUUCGACAGACCACUUUGAAUUCCAUUUUUCAAUAUUUUAUUCUCAACUUUUAAAAAAAAGUAAAUACUAAGCUUUUUUCCAUUAUUUUUUUUAAAAACUAAAAAAUUUGAAUUGAAUACUGCUUGUAGAAUGUUGUUUCUUAUCAUUAAAAAAAAAAAAACCUUUAUUAAAAUAUAAAAUUGACAAUGAAUUAUCACUAUUUCCGUGAAAUCAUUUUCGUUAGUAAAAACGGCCCCAUCCUUUCCCCUUAAAUGAAUAUAGGGUAGUAGUUCAGCUAUCUUCAAAGUGGUAAAUGGAAUGUUCAAAAUAAUUUUUAAAUUAGAGAAAAUUAGAGAAAAUUUCAAAAACUGACACCGGACUUCUUAACGAGAAAAUGUUUAAUAUUAAAUCUAAUUCUUAACAAACGCAUUUAGAAUGGAUAUUCGGUAAAAUAUUCUAUUAACGACUCACGUAGUUAUCAUGUUUUAGUUAAUAUAGUUUGCCUAGUUGACUUUAGGUAAAUUUAUAUACGCAGCUAUAAACCACCAUGAUUAAAAUAAAAAAUACUUGCGUUUAGAUAAUAACACGGGACUAUAUACUUGUAUAUUUACUUUUACAUUUUUAUUUUAUUUGAAAAUUGUAGAUGAUAAAUUUCAUGUUUUCAAAAAUAUCGUAAAAUUGCCUAUUCGCAACCCUUUAUAUUUGAGCGGUUUUACGUGUUCUUAGCAAUUUGUAUUUAAUUGUCUUGUUAUAUAUAGUUAAGGAUUUAGUUAUAUAUUUUUAGACUCUGAGGAUAGCGAAGAAUGUAUUGGUUUUACAAUGAUGUUUUUUUUUCCGUGGACAUCUUUUCUACUAGCAAUUUUCUUUCGAUUUAUAAUGAUAGUGCUUUUUCUAAAAGGAAACCCUUCUGGGGAGGUACUUAAGGGACGUCAUUUUUUUAAUUUCUCAGUAGUUUCCCCAUUUAUUAGAAAAACCGGGAAAAUGUACGAAACGAAGGUAUUAUAAAAUAAUAUGAUGACCUUUUUUUUUCCUAUGGACAACUUUUCUGCCAGCAAUUUUGCUUCAGUUUUCAAGCGUAACAGUUUUUUUGAAAGAAAAUCUGACCGGGGUGGUACUUUAAGAAAGUAAUUUUUUAUUUCCCCAAUUAAUGGGAAAAAAACGUAGGGAAAACGGGAAAACAAGUACAAUAUUAAACAAAUAUUAAAGAAUCAAAGAUUAAAGAAAAUAUAUAAUGCAUAAUAAAAUGUAAUAAUUUUAUCAUAAUAUCACAUAAUAUCUAUUAUUGAAAAAGCAACAAUAACAACAAUAUUAACCGAAUUCUGCUCAGAAUCGAUUUUUCGUUAAUAAUGGUUAAUCGUUGUGUUCAGAUGUACAUUCAAUUUCCCUUCUGCUACCUUCCCCACUUCUCACCCACAACAGUAUGUCCGUGUAUUUUAAUUUUAACUUUUUCUCGGCAGGUCAAAAUAACCAGGCACAGCAACAGCAUGUCAGCCGUAUGUCGAAACAGGGAAACAGUUCCAUGGACACAGCUGCUAUCCAUGUACACACGUCCGAGUGCUCGCAUCACGGUAUAUUGACGCCACCGCCGCCGCUGCACCAUUCCGGAUCCACCGGCGGAACGUCCUCGGCCGGUGGUGGAAGUAGUUCGAGGGCUAGUAGUCCGGCACGCGAUUCACUGUUGGCCGCAGCUACUGCCGCCUCCGGAUACGGGCCCACGCCGCCACCAGUAUCCGACAACGGGUUCGAAUGCGAUUUUCACUGUUGCACGCUCCACGAAGAGGGACGCCGUAUCGCCGUGCAUAAAUCGGUGGCCACGUCACCCAUACAAGAGUGCCGGCACUCGCCGCCGCCGCCGCCGCUCACCGUCAUCCAGCCCGUGUCUUCGUCGCUUUCCGAUGGCACGCGUCGUGGAUCUCCCAAAGGUCACGUUCGGUUCCUAGACGCCAAUAUGUCACCGCCCAUUCCACCGCCACCGCUGCUGCUGCCGUCACCGCCCAAUUCACCGGUAAUCCGUCAACCGCAACCUGAUAACCUACAGCAACCGACGACUUCUGGUGCGAGCAGCUCCCGAAAACAGUCGUCAUCACAACAACAACAGCAACAAUCACGUUCUGACGAGAGUUCCGACACGGAGACCGAAACCACGGUUAUCGAAGAGGAAUCGAUGACCAGCGAGAAGUUUCUGCUGCUUAUCGAUCAGUUGACUACCGCACAGAACAAACAUCUUUCAGUCAAGGACAUCGGCAUCAUACUGGAACGGCUAAAUUCGAAAAUCGUGGACGUCGAGCGUUUGGACCGCGACUACGAGGCCACUGACUGCUACAACUGGACCAUUAAGGCGACCAUCAAGGGAAACGUGCUCCAAGAGGUGGGCAUCAUUUACAACGGCAACUAUUACGGCAUAUCCGAGCACCCGGGCUACAAUCAGAACGGCGAGUUGAUCAACGAAUACGAUGAAGAAGUGUUGGAACACGAUGAUAUCAGUGGCGGCGUUGUCGGCGAAGAAGCACGCGGUGCAGCAGCGGCGAUUAGAGACGACCGCCAUCGACGUCGCGCCGAGGAAGAGGUUAAUAUUUAAGACAACAGAACUACAAAGAAACCUUCGGUUGCUCCAAAUUAUGUAUAUAUAUAUAUUAUAUAUAUAUAUAUACGUAUAUUUAUACCGAUCAUAUUCUCUCAUGGUGCAAUUGCAUACUAUGCUGAUGCGUAGCUAGAAGUUUUUCAUUUCCAAACUGUAAUAAAUUAUUUAAAACUGAAAAUCUAGCGAAUUUUUAAAUUCUCAAGUAUAAUAUUUAUCAAUUCGUUUAAAAUAAAUCCCAAACAUAUUACACGGUUACCUUUCUCAGGAAUAGGUUGCUAGAUUUUGUUUGUCA